GGAGGCGUUGAGACAAAUUCCAUGGCAGUUAGAAAGUGAACUGGCUGCCAAGAUGGGGAGGAAGGAACAAGCCCUGACCCUCUACAGUCCUGAGGUCUCCAAAGUAAAAGGGAACCGGAAAUACCAAAGGCCCACCCUUCCUACCAACAAACAAUCGAUGUCAGCCCAGAAGCGGCAGCAGUACGUGGAUCAGGCAUUCACCUACACCCGGAUGUUCUGUGGCAGCCUCUCUGGCUUUAGCAUCCUGCUGCUCAUCAUCACAGCCCCACUGAGCUGGGUACAGUUCCUGGUGACCAACAAUGGCCUUGAGCUCUACGCAGGACUCUGGACCUUAUGCAACCAUGAGCUGUGCUGGAGCCACAUACCCAAGCCACCCUAUUACCUCGAAUAUUCCAGGGCCUUGUUCAUUAUCUCUGUCCUCUGCAUGCUUACUGGCCUUGGCUUGCUCUUCAGCUCUUGCCGCCCUGCAGACGGAAUCAUGUCAGCUGAGUUGGAUCUGAAGGUGUCCAUCCUCAGCUUCUGCUCAGCUUUCUUCUUGCUCCUCUGCCUCAGCCUGUUUCUGGCCCAGGUGGAACGGUAUACAAAGAGCGCCAUGGAGUCAGUGUUCCUGUGGGCCUAUUAUCUUAACUGGUGCAGUGAUGUCUUGCACGUCUGUGCUGGAAUCGUCUCUUUUCUCAACUAUGUAACUUUCCAAUCUCAUCCUCCUGAUCCAACAAGUGUCGGUAUGACCCCACAGCAGAAGUCCAGGCCGGGCUUUGGGCCAGUACCAACAACAGCACCCGCUGCCACUGCAAAGCCAAGUCCUGAGAUGCAAUUUCUAAGUGGGAAAGGGGAGAGACAGCCAAGUACAAGAGGGAAUUGGAAACCAAGUACGAGACUGUGAUAGAAAGAGGGAAGGCCAGAUCCUGCUGUCUUACACACAGAGGUGGGCUAAGUGAGAAACGAU